AUGGAAGCACCAACCAGCGGAGCGAGCUUUAACUCGUUCCGGCCGCGCUUCGAUGGCGCGGCCAUUUCGACCUACGUGUUGGCGAUGCUAUCGGUUCCGGUCAAGCUAUGGUGCAGGAGUCGCGUCUCAGGGAUGCAGAGCAUGGGAUGGGACGACUUGCUGUGUGUGAUUACCUUGGGGUUUUCGAAUGGCUUCUUUUGGGUUACGAUGAUCGGUAUCCGCCCUGACCUCGGACGACACGUGGGAGUUGAAGUCACCAUGGCAGAGGUCGAAAAUUUCCUGAAGAACCUCUACGCCGCGGCACUGUUGUACUGCUUAGCUAUUGCCUUUAUCAAGUUUACGAUUCUAGCGUUCUACUGGAAGUUAUUUUCCAUCGCAGCCCGCAUACCUAUCCUCAUCCUCUCCGUGUCUGUGGGUUGCUGGCUUAUUAUCCUGCUUUGCCUCUGCGCUUUCGGCUGUCGCCCAAUUUCUGCGCAAUGGGACCUUUCCAUCACCGACGCUACCUGCAUUCAGUCAAAAGGCAUCUACCUCGGAGGCUCCCUGCCUAACGUUCUUGUCGACUUCGUCCUAGUCUUCAUGCCCCUCCCUUACGUCUGGCGCCUCCGUGCCCCCGUCGGUCAGCGCCUUAUCAUCGUCGGCAUGUUUACGCUCGGCCUCUUCGUCUGUAUCGUCUCGGCCGUUCGUCUCAGCGAAGUUAUGGCCAUCCGAACCAACGACAAGAACAUUACCUACAACCUCAGGGACUUCAUGCUGUGGUCCAUCGUUGAGGUGAACAUUGGUAUCGUGUGCUCGUGCUUGCCCAGCAUGCGCCGUCUGCUUAGCGCCGUGGGCCUGAGCCGCUUGUUCUCGAAGGGAUCGAGCGCCGAUAAGAGGACCGGCUCCGGUACUCCCGGAGCCAACACGAAAAGAAGCGGCGGUCUUGCGACAAUCAGCGGCGGCGGGUCACACGCGAAGAAGACAGCUUGGAAUCCGUGGUCGCAGGUCGGCCUGACCAAAAUUGACAGCGAGGAGGACGUCCACGAGAUGACAAAUCAGCUGAACAAGCAGGGGCAGACGCAUUCCGAGGUCGAGACGGGCCAUCGAACCAGCGGCGAUACGGCGCUGGUAGGACAGCGGCCAGACAGCCCAUUGAAGAAUAACAAUGGGAUUGUCGUCCAGAGAGACUGGACUGUGGAGGUGGACCACCAGGGGCAAAUCGCCAAACAGAACAUAGGGUGA